CAUGCAGUAGCCCCUGGAUUAUGAACAUGUUUUUUUCUUCUUUUUUUUCAGUUUUAUGUGCCAAAAACUUGGUGAAGAAAGACUUCUUUCGGCUUCCUGACCCUUUUGCUAAGGUGGUGGUGGACGGCUCUGGACAAUGCCAUUCUACAGACACUGUGAAGAAUACCCUUGACCCCAAGUGGAACCAGCACUACGACCUGUAUAUUGGGAAGUCUGACUCUAUAACAAUAAGUGUUUGGAAUCACAAGAAGAUCCACAAGAAGCAAGGCGCCGGGUUCCUGGGCUGCGUCCGGCUCCUGUCCAACGCAAUCAACCGCCUGAAAGACACUGGCUAUCAGAGACUAGACCUCAACAAGCUUGGGCUCAACGACAAUGACACUGUGAGAGGGCAAAUAGUAGUAAGUCUCCAAUCAAGAGAUCGGAUAGGCACAGGAGGACCGGUGGUGGACUGCAGCCGCUUGUUUGAUAAUGAUUUACCGGACGGCUGGGAGGAGCGCAGGACCGCGUCCGGACGGAUCCAGUAUCUCAACCACAUCACCCGGACCACGCAGUGGGAGAGGCCCACGCGGCCCGCCUCGGAGUACUCGAGUCCUGGGCGUCCCCUGAGCUGCCUGGUGGAUGAGAACACGCCCAUCCUGGGGACGAACGGGGCGUCGUGCGGACAGGCCGCUGACCCGCGGGCCCAGGAGAGGAGGGUACGCUCGCAGCGGCACAGGAACUACAUGAGCAGAACCCACCUGCACACCCCGCCCGACCUGCCCGAGGGAUACGAACAAAGAACGACGCAGCAGGGGCAGGUUUACUUCCUCCACACGCAGACGGGAGUCAGCACAUGGCACGACCCCCGGGUACCCAGGGAUCUUAGCAACGUGAACUGCGAGGAACUUGGACCGCUGCCCCCUGGGUGGGAGAUCCGUAACACGGCCACAGGACGAGUCUACUUCGUGGACCACAACAACCGGACCACCCAGUUCACAGAUCCCCGCCUCUCCGCAAACCUGCACCUCGUGCUCAACAGUGCUAAGACUAAGGGGUCCCGUGGCAGCAUGGAGAGCAAAAACAAUAACAUAAGCAGGCAAAACCAGGUGAAGGAGCAGCAGCAGCAGCAGCAGCAGCAGCAGCAGCCGCUGCCCGUGAUGCCCCCCAGCCAGCUCCCCGAGGAGGCGGAGUGCCUCACCGUGCCAAAGUACAAACGCGACCUGGUGCACAAACUGAAGAUCCUGCGACAGGAGCUCUCCCAGCAGCAGCCCCAGGCAGGGCACUGCCGCAUUGAGGUCUCCCGGGAAGAGAUCUUCGAGGAGUCGUACAGGCAGGUGAUGAAGAUGAGGCCGAAGGACCUGUGGAAGAGACUGAUGGUGAAGUUCAGAGGAGAGGAUGGCCUGGAUUAUGGAGGGGUGGCCAGGGAGUGGCUGUACCUGCUGUCUCACGAGAUGCUGAAUCCGUACUACGGCCUGUUCCAGUACUCACGGGACGACAUCUACACCCUGCAGAUCAACCCAGACUCUGCUGUCAACCCGGAGCACCUGUCCUACUUCCACUUCGUGGGGCGCAUCAUGGGCAUGGCGGUGUUUCACGGGCACUACAUCGACGGGGGCUUCACCUUGCCCUUCUACAAGCAGCUGCUGGGCAAACCCAUCACGCUGGACGACAUGGAGUCUGUGGACCCGGACCUGCACAACAGCCUGGUCUGGAUCCUUGCUAACGACAUCACAGGAGUGCUGGACCACACCUUCUGCGUGGAGCACAACGCGUACGGCGAGAUCAUUCAGCACGAGCUGAAACCCAACGGCGGCAGCAUCCCUGUGAGCGAGGACAGCAAGAAGGAGUACGUCAGGUUGUAUGUAAACUGGCGGUUUCUACGAGGAAUAGAAGCUCAGUUCCUGGCUCUGCAGAAAGGAUUCAACGAGGUGAUCCCGCAGCACCUGCUCAAGUCGUUUGACGAGAAGGAGCUGGAGCUCAUCAUCUGCGGGCUUGGUAAGAUUGACAUCAACGACUGGAAGUGGAACACGCGGUUGAAGCACUGCACGCUGGACAGCAACGUGGUCAAGUGGUUCUGGAAGGCGGUGGAGACAUACGACGAGGAGCGCAGAGCCAGGCUGCUGCAGUUUGUCACGGGCUCGUCCAGGGUGCCUCUGCAGGGCUUCAAAGCACUACAAGGUGCCACCGGACCCCGUCUCUUCACAAUCCACCAGAUCGACGCCAGCACUAACAACCUGCCCAAAGCACACACCUGCUUUAACCGAAUCGACGUUCCUCCCUACGAGAGUUAUGAGAAGCUGUAUGAGAAGCUCCUGACUGCGAUUGAAGAAACGUGCGGGUUCUUUGUGGAGUGAGGGGUCUGGAGGGGACCCUACGCUACACACCUGUCAGUCUGUGAGCCGCUCCUGGGCCAGGGGGUCUGGAGGCCGGGGGGGGCUCGCACCACUCCGAGGGAGAGGGACCGUGUGAGCCAGGGAACCGCGACCCGGGAAUACUGCCUUUCAACUAUUAUUAAAAUUAUUAUUGAAUACACUUUUUAAAUUUUUUUUUUUUUUUUUUUUAUAAAUAAUAAACUGUUCCCUGGCUUUGGCCACCAGACUCAUUUUCAGCUGCUAAAGUAAAUAAAUAAAUAAAAGAUCUUUUAAUAAUAUCUGCAACAUACAGAA